CAAACCUCUUGUGCAAUUAUAAGUGACAAAAUCUCUUCUGAAGGGAGUCUAAUUUUAUUAUAAUUGGUUUGAAUAGUCUUGUUUCACUUAACAGAAAAUAAAUCCUUUACACUCCUUAAACCGUUACCAGAACUAUACCAAUGGACAAUACCAACUUCUUCUUCAGUUGAAUAUAUCGCACAAAAACGAAAAUACGGAAGCCAUAGCAAUAAUAUUCAAAUUAAUGCAAUGUGACAGUCAGAUCUUUACUUUUUAAGAAGUUAUUUUGGUUGCAUGAAAUUAGGCACCCUUCAGAAGGGAUUUUGUCAUUUAAAAGUAGACAUAGGGAAAAACAAUACACAUAAAUUCCUAUGUCUGCUUCUUAAUGAAUAGCAGUGUAUAAUGAAUUCAAUCGUUUAUGCCAUCCCUUACACUAUGCCGAUGAUACUUCCACCAUUUGUCCAAGUAAUAUGAUAAUGGACAUGGACAUCAGUUAUUAAAAAUCAAGGCAAGGUUUAUGGGGCUUUUUGUAAUUUUUGUUAACACUAGAACUGCAGGUCAUACAGUCAUAGAGGGGUUGACCACAACCUGCAAAAACAGAUACAACCUAGGAUACAACCAUAGCAGACUAUGCAUAGCUCCUCCUUCAGUUUCUAUAGCGUUCUAUAGCGAGGUGGUGAUGUUAUCUGGAGUGCUCCAAGUAAUUGCCCUUCGCUCCAAUCUUUGGAUAUGGCAAGUCAUAUGAAUUCCUACCUAAAAUUGAAAAUAGAUAACAUUUUUAUCACAUUGUAAUCCAAGUUGCGAUAUCCGACGAGUGCUGAUAUUCAGAAAUCUCGUCACACCACUCAAAUUACGAGAUCAAUACGGACAUACUUUUUCUUAGCGUAAUGUUCAAAAAAAUGUUUUUGGUUAUGCUCGCUAGUUUAUUGCUAACGAACUGUGCCGCUCAAAUUUUAGAAUGUUCGAAAAAUGAAGAUUGUCAGGUCCCAACGGCCGUAUGCGAGCAAAAUUUGUGCAAAUGUCCCGUUGGAUCCGUCCUUUCGACAGACGUAACUAAGUGCUUGCCUGUCUCGCUUGGACUGCACGCCGUAUGCGAGGACAGGCGUCAGUGCGGUUGGCUCUUAGGCGAUUACGAUUGCAUCGACAAGAAAUGCGAGUGCGCCAAAGGUUGGAUUUAUGCCAUGGGCCAAUGUGUCAAAAAAGCUGCCUUAAAUAAUAAAUGCGCAAGAGAUCGAGAUUGUUUCAACGGGUACGAUUUGCUUGCGAUGACUUGCAAGGGAGGCAAAUGCGUUUGUAACGAUGGCUACUACCUACGGGGUGAUUUUGAUUGUCGGCCAGCCAUUACCACGGUCGGAGAGUAUUGUUCCCUCAACUCAGACUGUAGAUUUGAAAAUGGAGUGUGCAGAAGCUCAAAGUGCGCUAAUGGUUUAGAACCUGCCCAAAAGAAGAAUGUAACUGGAAGAACACUUGAAUUAGAUAUCCAACAUCUUGAUGUGAACAGAUUAGAAAUUAAUCUUCCAUGCGAUAAAUGCACCACGGUCCCUAAUGCCAUGUGUCAUCCUGCUUUCAAAAAGUGCCAUUGCAAACGAGGGUUUACUUACAAUACUGACAAAAAGAAAUGUGUAGCAGAGCUUGGAGUCGCAGUGGGAUGCAAGGAUGAUAGCCAGUGUGAAAUCCCAAACAGUCGCUGUGUUGCGGGGAAGUGUUACUGCUGGAAAACCUACUUCACGUUGGCGGGAACUGUCGCGUGCCAGAAACCAAUGACGCACGAUAAUUGGUUCUGCAACAAUGAUGAGAGGUGUUACGUACUCGGCCCUCAUAGUAAGUGUGAGCAACAUAAGUGCAAGUGUACCAUGUUCCCUAAACCCAACGCCGCCUUUGUAUGCGAAGCCCCCGAAGGCUGCGUCGAUAAUAGCGAUUGUGACAAAAUAAAGAAUUCCCAGUGUAUUGCGGGUACCUGCAAGUGCGCUCCGGGAUAUCGCGUGGAAGAUAAAUCCUGUGUACCAAAUUUAGGAAGUCAAUGUCUGCAAGAUAGUAAAUGUACCAUAGCGAAUGCCUCAUGUAACUCGGAAAAUCUGUGCACUUGCAACGAGGAGUUUAUAGCUAACGGAGAGACAGCUUGUCUUCCACUUGUCGGGUUAGAUUCCGAAUGUCAAAUUAAAGAGCAAUGCUCCUCGGCCACUCCUGAUAGUGACUGUGUCCAAUCAAAGUGUACAUGCAACAAGCAGUUUGUUCCACUUCAUGGAAAGUGCAUCUUCCAACGAAAAAUGGGUGAUGUGUGUACCGCUGUAGCACAAUGUCACAGGUUUUUGGGGCGUAAUGUUGUGUGCCGUAAUGGAUAUUGCGAUUGUCCAGGAAACAUGACUAGGAAUGCAGAGUCGACGGAUUGUGAAUCAUCGGCAAACACAAUUGCAAUUCCAGCGUUUAUUGCAAUAUUGGUUAUAGCUUUGUUAAAAGUAUAGGUAUUAAUUACAUUGUUUAAUGAUAUUAGUUAUAGAAAGCUCAGAGAAUCGAACGAACGAAUAAAACCAAAUGAAUAAAAUAUUCCACAAUUUACUCUGCUCAUUAUCCUGAUGGGGUAAAUUCCCAUCAACUAGCAAAGGUUACCUACCCAACCAGCCAAAAAGAUUGUUUUUCUGAGUAGAGACAAUUUAAAAACACUUGGGGUUUUGUUUAUUAAAAAACCAGUUGCCAAAUUCUUGGCAGACAGUAGCUCAAAACAAAUAUUUAACAACAAAAACUUUUUUGACAGUCCUGCAUCCUUUAUGCCUAAUAUGCACUGGCACCAGUCAUAUUAAUUUGCUGAAUCUGCCGUUUUAUUACUAAAGACUAAAUUGUUCAAAUUCCCACAGGAGAAAUUUACCUUUUACAGAACUCAAUGUUAACAAUUAUUAAUUCCGGUCAAUUUUUUAUUGCUACAUAGCUGAGAAUUGCUUUGUUUUGGAUUCGUUCUAUUGUUUUGUGCAGCUUUUUUUUUAACACAGGACUCAACGCAUUUUUCCUCUGCGAUCUUGACGCACUUUUCAUCAAGCAUGCGAAAAUUGUUUAACGAUCUUUUAAAAAGUGCUAAAUCGCGAAAUUCGUGUCGCUUCUGCAUCCUUUUCGUGUGCUUUUUUUUAGAUGUUCUGCAAUUGGUAUUGGUUCCCUUAGAACAGUAACUUCGUAACAACGGCAAUGCCUCGCUGAAAACGUGGGUGACCGCUUGGUAACCUCCGAGGUAACCUCUCUUUUUUUUUUGCUUGUCUAAUGAU